GCGUGAACCAGACAACAACUAGCUGGUCAUGAUUCUCCCGCUGAUAUUAGCAGGUCAUGGGGAGGAAUCUCAGUGAUCUGAUCCAAGAAGAAGAUACCACUGAAGGACUGGUCGUUCCCCAGGAGGAGCAGUGUCUUAGGCAGUCCUCUAGGUUAGGAUUAACUUGUCCAGCUACAUGGGACUCCAUACUGUGUUGGCCUUCAACUGACCCUGGGACUCUCGCCUCUCUACCUUGCUUCUCUGAACUUAACGGCAUCAAGUACGACACCACCAAGAACGCGACCAGAUGGUGCCACAGCUCAGGUGUUUGGGACAACUAUACCGACUAUACGGCUUGUCUCAGCCAACUAGAGUCUCCCUCCAACCCUUACUCAGGGGUAGAGAUGGCUACCAACAUCUACGCCCUGGGAUACACCGUUUCUCUCGUAGCCCUAGGGAUAGCCGUCUUCAUAUUCCUCUUCUUCAAAGAUCUGCAGUGCUUGCGUAACAACAUUCAUACCAACCUGAUGUGCACGUACAUCCUAGCAGACUCCAUGUGGAUUCUCAACAUGAUACUGCAGGGGUCUAUCAACAACGGGUUGGCCGCUUGCACGAUUUUCUUCUUGCUUCAUUAUUUCUAUCUUACCAGCUUCUUUUGGAUGUUCGUUGAAGGCCUUUAUCUAUACCUCCUGGUUGUACAAACAUUCAUAAGAGAGACUGUCCGGUUGAGGUUUUACGCAGCGAUAGGUUGGGGAACUCCUAUGUUCAUCGUAUCAGCUUGGGGGAUGGCAAAGAGUUUCCAAAUCUCUGAUCAAGAAGAAAAUCAGAGCCAUAGCAGUGGAGGAGGGUGUAGCUGGAUGACGCCUCACCCCUACGACUGGAUCUAUCAAACUCCGGUGUUCACAGUGCUGGCUCUUAACUUGCUCUUCCUCAUCCGCAUCAUGUGGGUGCUGAUCACCAAGCUGAGGUCAGCCAACAACGCGGAGACUCAGCAGUAUCGAAAGGCCAGCAAGGCGCUGAUCGUGCUGAUACCACUGCUGGGCAUCACCUACAUCCUGGUGAUAGUAGGCCCCAGUCAAGGUGUCACUGCACACAUGUACGCCGUGCUGCGAGCCGUCCUCCUCUCUACUCAGGGACUAGCAGUGGCUCUCUUCUACUGUUUCUUCAACUCCGAGGUUCGGAAUACCCUGAGGACACGCAUGGAUCGGUGGAACGACGCCCGAGAGCUCGGCACUGGACGGAGGUUCUCUAGGUUCAAUUACACCAAGGACUGGUCUCCACACACCAGGACAGAGAGCAUCCGCCUUUGCCAAACGGUGAAUUCUGCCCCGGGAAGUUUUCGGAAGCGGGAGUCCACGGCGAGUGAGACCACCCUGAUGACCGUGGUAGGGACGGGGUCUGGAAGAGUCAGCAAUGGGUCUGUAGGAGCGACGUCUCUGGUCGUGCGAGCGUCCGGACCUCAGGGACAAGAUGGCGGUGACAGCGUCUAGGAGAUCUCUCCUGAAGAAUUGCAGAGGAAGACCCAAACAAGACGAAGAGUAGGCAUGAGAGUCGUCUCUCAGAAACGAAAACAUAAGGGAGAAUCCACUAAGGAGUUGGAAGACUUUUGUUGGCACCUACUGGAAGGGAAGCAUCGAUGUAUUUUUGGGAUUGGGUGGACUAUGAUGACUAGAGGACUGGACAUAUGCAAGGGGAACCUAUAACACUAAGACUUGUAGUCAUUGAGGGACGUAGAUUCAAAGAAAGAAUUUACCGAAAGACUGAAGGAAACUAACACAUAAGAAGGGGAAUCUUUCAUCCAGGCUCGUGGCCAAAUCAGAAAGUUCUACUGAAUGCCAAAAUAAAUUCUUUUUACCAUGCUAGAAGGAGUUAGAAGACAGAACCGAAGAAGUAGAGUGAGGGCUGAUGGAUGUUUAAACCACACUAAAGGACGUGUUUCCCAGGGUGUUCAUUGUCUAUGGAAGGUUUUCGAAGGCAAUAACCCGAAGGAAUGAGCAGAAAAUUCUUUUAAAAUGUUAAAGGACGUCAAACUACUCAUGGGCACACACGCUAGAUGACCGAGGGGAAGACGGUUCAGCAGACUCUUAAUAGUAGUCACGCAGAGAUCUGGAAAUGUACAAGAUAGGAAUCCUAGAGUAAGUACUAAAAAGCUCCUAAGCAUUUGGAAGGAAGAAAAAAUUGCAGGCAACUUGAGGAAUUGAUGCAGGAUAUUCAGAAAGAGGAGUUACAACAAAGAAGAGGAAAUCAAGAAAGGAUCUACUUGACUAUAGAAACAUUUUUCCGACGUUCUAUUGAUAAACAAAUGCAAUAUACUUAAGGGAAAAUAUGCCAAAAAAUACUACUACUGCAUUGCAUAAUAUUUUUAACGAUCAUAUUGAAUAUCAAGUUUAUUGUAAAUUACUGUAAUGUUUUGUCAUGGUUAAUAGAAACCGACGAACGUGAAAAGUAUACAGUAUAUUUUGGUAUUGCUAACCUACUAUUUUUAGAAUGUAUUUAACUUUCUAAAUUAAACACAUAUAUUAUUUGAGUUUUAAAAUUUUAAAUAUCUGCAGUUUUGAAACCAAACAUGUUAAAAAAUAUUUUUUGUCAAAAAAUGACGUGUCUUUUUGUUAUUAAUUUAUACGCUGAAUUUUAAUUCAGAAAAAAUCCAUUAUCAAGUUAAGAAAUAGUUUUGAAAAAACAAUAUGGUGCCUGUACAGGUAUCAGUUUAUGAGUUAUGGAAUUUAUAACGUGAUUUUUCAGAUUUACUUUGUUUCAGGAAUAAUUCCAUAAAAGGUCGGUAGAGUUCAGGAUUAUUGACGAUACAAUUGUAACAUAUCUCGUAAUGUAAACAAAAUCCAUUACAUUAUUUUAAGGAUCAAACCAUAGAUAAAACUAGUCUAUGAUCAAACGUACUCGUAUAUACGCAAUGAAUAUCCACGAAACAAAGAGGUUAGGUGAAUCAAUAAAGGUUAUUGGGAUUGGGAGUAUAACUUUUUAUUUUCCUAAAUCGUAUCUCUGCUCUUAUUUUCCACGUAUUCUUGUUGUUAUUUAUCGGAUGAAUCGUACUGACAGUAUUUGUUUGCUUCACCGUGAAGAUCAGUGUAUUUCUGUUGUUGUAUUUAUUAAUUAAAAAAUACAAGAUAAACUUCAUAUUAAUGUCUAAUAUUAAAACUGCUAAAAACUAUGUCUAGCUUAACGAAUAACAUUUUAUAUUUUUUUAAGAAAUUGUAUACGUUGACGAUAGUU